CCGCUCCCGCCCCGGCCCCGGCCCCGGCCGCGGGGACCUGCCGGACAGGCUCGCGUUGCGACCGGCGGGGGGCUUGGCAAGCCCGGGGCCAGCCUCGGCGGCCCCGAGCUCUGAGCGGAGCCCCCUCGGCUGCCCCUCCGCCGGCCCGCUCCCUCCGCGCUCAGUCGCGGGGCCCCGGGCCCUCGCCCCUCACGCCAACGGCCGUAACGGCCGCCGCGCUUCCCGCCCCCGCCCUGGCGUCACUGCCGGAGCGGCCCAAGAUGGAGGCGGGCAUCAGUGGCGGGGAGCCGCUCCCGCGGUUCCGGAGGCCUUUGCGGCUCAGGGCAGAGCCCCGCGACCCGGCGCUACCUCAGCCGCCUUCGGGAGGCGGCGGGACGGCUGAAGAGUCUGCAGCUGUAGAGAGGAAGAGGAAGCCUCUUACCAGACUGAACAUUCAUUCCGCAUUCUGGAUUUUGGCAUCAAUUGCUGUGACAUACUACUUCGAUUUUUUUAAAACUGUUAAAGAAACUAUCGAAGCAGAUAGUUGGUGGUUUGCUGCUGGCAGCUGCUUAUUGGCUGUGUGUUUAUCUGUUGCCUUUUACUGCAUACUGUAUCUUGAGUGGUACUGUGGAAUUGAGGACUAUGAUGCGCAGUAUCCAGCACUGAUACCUAUCACGACAGCUACCUUUAUUGCAGCAGCAGUUUGUUUCAACAUUGCCUUGUGGCCUGUCUGGUCGUUUAUGACACCUUUGUUGCUCUUCAUUCAGUUUAUGGGUGUUGUGAUGCUUGUGUCACUCCUGGGAUAAAUCCUUCAGUUUCAUGUGAAGGACUCAGGUAACUGUUAUCCUGCCAAAUGGAUGUCACUUUUGUACUUUUGUUACAUUCCAGUACUCUUAUUAUUUCUAAUACUGCUUGUUUGCUCUAACUGACACUGUAAUUCUUAGGCUACCUGAUUUAUAAAUCAAAUGGAUUUACGUAGGUCAGCCAGUGGCUCGGAAGAACCAACUGACUAGUGAAAAAUUGAAGGAUGGAUAGGUUUUACCUCUGUUUGUAACAUAAAGCAUUUCAUCACUGCUUUGUAAAGCUUUUAUUCAUAUUUCAAUAUUAAGCAGGUGGGUAAUAAGUCAGAUACAUAGUCCUAAACCCUAUUUUGGGGACUUCAGAGGUCACUGGAGUCCAGCUUCCUGCUCAAAGCAGGUUGUUUGGUUUCAAAGUAAUUGAUACUUAAUUCAAGUGUUGUGGGUUUUUAAUACUAUAUUAUUUCCUUUUGAAUUGACAGCUAAAAUAUUGUUAUCUGGAAUCUGUGUUUGUACUUGUGAACUUACUCAUAGGUGAGUGACAGGGUGCCAGAGCAGGGGCACAGGCUGCACAGGGAGGCUGUGGAGUCCCUUCCCUGGAGACAUUCAAACCCCGCCUGGACGCAUUCCUGUGCCCCCUGCUCUGGGUGUCCCUGCUCAAGCAGGGGGGUUGGACAAGGUGAUCUCCAGAGGUCCCUUCCAACCCCUACCAUUCUGUGAUUCUGUGACACAGGAGACGUGUGUUAUCAUGUAGGUAAUAUUUUAUUACCUAAUAUCUUCAGUUCGGCUACUGUUUGAAAAAAGAUAUGGAUUGGGAUAAAGGCCUUGAAAGCUGGUUGACAUUUACGUCAUUGUUAAUUUGGCAGUGCCAUCAACGAAAUAAAUAGAUUCUACUUGUGCUCGUCCACAGCCAAAGAUGGAUGAUCAAGCUGUGAAUAGCCAGCAGUAUAAUGAAUAACAUUAAUACUACACAAGAAAUUAAGAGCACAAAGUAAAUUCUUUUGAUGUAUGCACUGUUUUUCAGUAUUCAGGAUGCUUAUCGUCUGUAAAUUAACUUGUCAUUCUUAGCAGUGCCUGUUAAUGGAAGUUGCCAUUUUUCUUCCUUGGCAAUAAAGAGGCUGAUACCAACUUAAAUGCCAUUAGCCAUACACAGCUGGAAAAAUAAAAGAACACUGUUCCCCUUGGCUGAGAUACCUCAGUGUCUGGAAACCUGGGCACUAUCUAGCUGCUAGACCAUUUUAUGUAGAUCCUUGUGUUAAGAACUUUCUCACCCACACCUUUGAGAAGAUAGGCGAAUGUAGAAGCCUGGUAUUGAAACUUGUUGAAAUCUACUCUGUGACUGUUGCUGAAGUCUGGAGUGUGGGAGGAGACUUUUCUUCAUUCUGACUUUAAAAUUCACACCAUUGCCGAAUACACCAUACGUGAAAUGUUUAGUAAUGAAAAAGAUAGCCACUGUCUUAAGCUGCUACUGUUUUGUUAAGGAAAAAAGUAGCUGUCGGUAUGCAAUACAAAGGAUCAGUCAAAUGAAAAGAAAAUACAUUUAGCACUACUGUUAAGUAGCUUGUAGAGUAAGCUAACAGCUUGAUUUGUUUAACUGUAACAUUUAAGUUUUCCAAAACCAGUUGUACUUCAUAUCUUUAAAGGGCAAGUUGCUUAUCUUCAGGUCUUCAUCUUUUAACAAAUUUUAAAAAUUUUACGUCUGCAUAGACAAGUACAUUUAGGUAACUUUGUUUAUUAUGAUAUUUAAAUGCACUGUUGCUCAGGGAUGGUAAUUUUCACUGUAUUUUUAUUUGUCAACUGUAUAAAUGCUCUAGGUGUUUUAAGUUGCCUUGUACUCUUCAAUUAAAAUUACUAUUUGCUAUAUGGUUUUUCAGAUUUAGUCUUCUGGACAUCUUAAUAAACUUCGUAUAAAAGUGA